AUGAAUGGGUUCGCCAAUGAGCUCAAUUCUUUGUCCGAUGACGAAGGUAAAACUAAGGAGAUUCUUGAAAUAGAUAUACGUACCGAAAUAAUUCGUGUAAGAUUUCCAUCCCUCUCGCUUCAUAUUAGCAUUGCCGACUUGUUAUGCUUGGCCGAAGGAGAACUACUUAAUGGUACCAUUAUCGAUUUCUACUUGAAUCAUAUCAGAUGCCAUUUGAUACAGGAUUCAAAUUUGCGAAUGCAUAUAUUUCCAUCGUUGUUUUGGGGUAAUUUGAAGUCGUGGUUCAGGAAUUUAAAUCUUGACGGUGUUGAAGGAUUUGCAAUAACCGGGAUUGGUAGUUCUGAUGGAGUCUCGAAUCCAAGUCGCAUUCAGUAUUGGCUUGAAGAUGAAGAUAUAUUUGAUGCAGAUUUUCUGGUGAUCCCUGUUAACGAAUACAAUCAUUGGUCCUUAACAAUAAUCUCGAUGUCAUGUUUAACAAUGCAAUUAUCCAUGUCUGAACCUUUGAUAAUAAUUUUCGAUUCACAACAAUCCGUUGAACUGCCCUGUACAGAAGAUAUUGUAAAUACUCUCAAAACUUUCCUUUUGCGGGCUUCCGAAUUGAGCUCACGAAAGGAAAAUCUGCUGACAAAGCAAAUAAAAACGGUGAUACCGAAAAAUUUGCCCCAGCAGGAAAAUGAUGUUGAUUGCGGUUUGUACAUACUGGAAUAUGCACAGCGUUUCCUUCUUCAGCCUCCUAUCAAGGACCUUAUGUUAUACGGUGAUUUUGAUUUCACAUCACACUAUCCGGAUUUUAACAUAACUUCAAAACGCCGAAGUAUCCGCAAUGCAUUAUCAACACUUUGUGCGGACAGUAGCAGAUGGUCACAAUUCUUUGAUGUAGAACAAUGCGAUACAGUUUUGGAUUGGAAGUAA